GGGAGCGCGGGACGAAAGUUAGAUAACAAAAAGUUGGUGUUUGAUUCGUUUUAAGCGAAUUUAGAUUAAGAAAACGAUAUGAUUUUAAGGUUGCUAAAUUCUCUCAGUUUCUGUGGAAGACCCACGGCUGUGGCAAACAGCUUACGCACUCGGUUCUCGCCGGAUGGCCAGUUUCGUUCCAGUUUCUACCGGUGGCAUUCAAGUUCGCCGGCAAACAAUCGCGUGUACGAUGUGAACACGCGAGUGCCCAAAGAUGUGAUGCUGUUCAAGUACGAGAAUCCUCGAUUCUUUAAGAUUUUAAACAUUUUCGCCGUAUCUCAAUUCCUGUUUUGGGGCUACUUGUGCCACUUUUCCUACACUACGCUCCGGGAUGCGCCGGUAAACCAGAAUGCCGAGCAGGAGGAAGUUCCGUGGUAUAAGAAAAUCAAUCUGGGAGAAAACAAGUACCGGAACAGUAUAGCGAUCAUGUGCUUCUGCAUAGGAUACGGCAUUUUGUUUGCUUCCUGGAUGUUCACGCUACGAUCCGUUCGAUAUCUGGUACUACGAAAGGGUGGCGACCAAGUCAGCGUUGUGACGUACGCCCCCUUCGGAACUAACCGGAUCAUGGAUGUACCGUUGAAGUGCAUUUCCGCCCAGGAAUCGCGAGAGGCGGCUCGAGUAACCGUACCGAUAAAGAUAAAAAAUCGUGCCCUCUUCUAUGUGCUCGAUAUGCGCGGCGAGUUCCUGAACACAAAGCUCUACGAUUACACUGUCGGCAUGGGCCGGAAGCUAAAAUAACUUCGUAAAAUAAACCGACACCGUUUCGUAG